AUGCUCGUUAGGCUCGACCACGAGCAACUUUGCGACCUUUGCGACAGUCCGUCAAUGGCGCAUGCGUCGGAAUACGGCAGCGUGAAGAAGAUGGCGGAGGGAGUAAACGAUGCCGAGCUACUCAAGGAGAAGGCCAAUAAAUACUUUAAAGAUAAAGACUAUGAAAAUGCAAUCAAGUUCUACUCCGAGGCCUUGGAGGUCAAUCCAUCCAAUGCCAUCUACUACAGCAACCGCAGCCUGGCGUACCUGCGCACCGAGUGCUACGGCUACGCCUUGGCGGAUGCGACCAAGGCCCUGGAUAUUGACAAGAACUAUAUCAAAGGCUAUUACCGCCGAGCCACCUCCAACAUGGCACUGGGCAAAUUCAAGGCAGCGCUCAAGGACUACGAGACGGUAGUGCGCGUUCGACCAAACGACAAGGACGCAAAAAUGAAGUACCAGGAAUGCAAUAAGAUCGUCAAGCAGAAGGCCUUCGAGAGAGCCAUCGCCAGCGACGAGAUCAAAAAGUCAGUCGUCGACUCGCUGGACAUCGAAAGCAUGACGAUCGAGGACGACUAUACGGGCCCCAAGCUGGAGGAGGGCAAGGUCACGCUGAAGUUCAUGAAGGAAAUGAUGGACUGGUUCAAGGAGCAGAAGAAAUUGCACAGAAAGUGCGCGUAUCAGAUUUUAGUGCAAGUGAAAGACCUUUUAUCCAAACUACCAAGUCUCGUUGAAGUCGCAUUACAAGAGGCGGAAAAAAUAACCAUUUGUGGCGACACGCACGGGCAGUACUACGAUCUCCUCAACAUUUUCGAGUUGAACGGCCUGCCGUCGGAGAGCAAUCCUUACCUGUUCAAUGGUGACUUUGUGGAUCGCGGCUCUUUCUCCGUGGAGGUGAUUCUCACCCUGUUUGGCUUCAAGCUGCUUUUCCCCGACAACUUUCACCUACUUCGAGGUAACCACGAGACGGACAACAUGAACCAGAUGUACGGCUUUGAGGGCGAGGUGAAAGCCAAGUACACGGCGCAGAUGUUCCAGCUGUUCAGCGAGGUUUUCCAGUGGCUGCCACUCGCGCAGUGCAUCAACAGCAAAAUACUGGUGAUGCACGGUGGGUUGUUCAGUGAAGACAGCGUCACGUUGGAGGACCUCAGGAAGAUCGAGAGGAACAGACAGCCUCCAGACUCAGGUCCCAUGUGUGACCUCCUGUGGUCGGACCCCCAGCCUCAGAACGGCCGAUCCGUCAGCAAGCGAGGCGUGAGCUGCCAGUUCGGGCCCGACGUGACUGAGCGUUUCCUGGAUCAGAACAAACUGGACUUCAUCAUCCGAAGUCACGAAGUCAAGGCGGAGGGCUACGAGGUCACUCACUCAGGAAAGUGCAUCACAGUCUUCUCGGCACCCAACUACUGUGACCAGAUGGGAAACAAAGGAGCUUUCAUCCACCUCAGGGGAUCCGAUCUCAAGCCAGAGUUCCACCAGUUCACUGCUGUGCCUCAUCCGAAUGUCAAGCCCAUGGCGUACGCCAACACGCUAAUGCAGAUGGGGAUGAUGUAGACCCUGGAAAAAGGACUCGGUCCGCCAAAACCGCCGGAAGCAUCACACUUCACGCCCUUCAGUGCUCCCUGACUCCCACUUGGGCCGAAGGGAUCCCACUCCCCCUCGCUUUAAUGAGGGAGAUCCCUUAGAACCCCCUCGCCAGGUCCACAAGUUUACCACUUCCAAACUGGAUAACACUUCCAGCGUAUGCUCGCCUCAUACAUUCAACCUUCAAACUCCUGGAUGCGUCUCUUAAGAUUUUGUUGAAGCUAUUUUUAAAUGGAUCACCUCUCGGGUCCGUACCAAAGAUCUGUAAUUGAAUGAUAGUCAAGGUUUCACCCAGGAGCGACUCUCAAAGAGUUUAGAACGUGCACGCAUCCAAUAUGGUUCAAGAGCGGCAUUUCUGUCAAUGUAUCUUAACAGUUGGUCAUUUUUUUUCACGUUCUUUUCAGGAAUACAAGCUUACCCGUAGAUGUUAUGAUCCCAGCUCAAAAAGAGAGACUGACUCUGGGUUCACACCGUGGUGCUGUUUACCAUUUUUGUGUUAUCUAGAACAGCUCAACGUUUAAUUUGCACUGCUGCUGCUUCUUCCCGGAGGAAGAUAUCGCUGCUCCCUCUCAGCCCUGCCAUCUUCUCACCCCGGCAGCUCACACACUGCCCCCGUUUUCCGAACCCAAACACCCGACAUGUCACCCCGGAAUUGUGGAUUAUUCCAGUUACACACAAAAAAUGUAAAAACGUCCAAAAUGUAACCCUGUCUUGAAAACGCACAGUCGCAUUGUCUGAUGACUCUACUUUUUAGGUAAAGAUAUACACUGAUGUGUAUGUAUAUAUAUACUGUAUCAUUAUUGAGAUUCCGUGUAAUGUUUGGAGAAAAAAACAAUUAAAAAUCAAUUCAGAGAUUUUAUAA